AUGAAGCUGACGGUGAAGACCCUCAAGGGCACGCACUUCGAGAUCCGGGUGCAGCCCAACGACUCGAUUAUGGCUGUGAAGAAGAACAUCGAAGAGAUACAAGGAAAGGACAGCUAUCCAUGGGGGCAACAACUGCUGAUUUUCAAUGGAAAGGUCUUGAAAGAUGAAAGUACAUUGGAUGAGAAUAAAGUUAACGAAGAUGGGUUUCUAGUUGUCAUGCUUAGUAAGGGUAAAACAUCUGGUUCAAGUGGAACUUCAUCUUCCCAGCCCUCAAACACUCCUGCAACAAGGCAGGCACCUCCUCUAGAUGCCCCACAACAAGCUCCUCAACCCCCGGUGGCACCAACUACAACUUCUCAGCCUGAAGGACUUCCUGCAGAGGCUCCUCCUAACACAUAUGACAAUGCAGCAUCAAAUCUUCUAUCAGGAAGCAAUGUUGACACAAUGAUUAACCAGCUAAUGGAGAUGGGUGGGGGAAGUUGGGACAAAGAUAAAGUCCAAAGGGCUCUCCGUGCCGCUUACAACCACCCGGAACGUGCUGUUGAAUACCUCUACUCUGGUAUUCCAGUGACAGCUGAAGUUGCUGUUCCAAUUGGUGGUCAAGGAGCAAACACAACUGAUCGAGCUCCUACCGGGGAAGCCGGUCUCUCUGGGAUUCCAAACACUGCUCCACUAAAUCUUUUCCCACAGGGGGGUUCCAAUGCUGGAGGUGGUGCUGGUGGUGGACCACUUGAUUUUCUUAGAAACAAUCAACAGUUUCAAGCAGUUCGGGAAAUGGUGCAUACAAAUCCAGAAAUUUUGCAGCCUAUGCUAGUUGAGUUGAGCAAGCAGAAUCCUCAAAUUCUAAGGCUGAUUGAGGAGAAUCAUGAUGAGUUUCUUCAGUUACUAAAUGAGCCCUUUGAAGGUGGAGAGGGGGAUUUCUUAGACCAACCUGAGGAGGAUGAAAUGCCUCAUGCUAUUAGUGUUACACCAGUGGAGCAGGAGGCCAUUGGACGGCUUGAAUCCAUGGGGUUUGACAGAGCACGCGUUAUUGAAGCAUUCUUUGCCUGCGAUAGGAAUGAGGAGCUAGCAGCAAACUAUCUUCUGGAGCAUGCUGGUGAGGAAGAUUAA